AGAAAGGUUGAGUGAUACAGCAAGGGAUACAGCAGGACCUGCCCGAAAAUUCAAUUGAACUAGAAAACUUGUAAUCGGUUUGUCUUUCAAGUAUGCGGCGAACGAUUUGCUGGGACUUACCAGAAAUGACAGCAGCUAACACAGACAAAACGUCCGACAAGGAAAACGACCCGGUAACUUUAGCCAAGAUCACCACGGCCCCGCCCACCCACGCAGCUGGCCAGGAUGUGGGCGACUCGCCGCUCAAGUUCCAGUCGUACGUGAAUGGCAAUGGCAAUGGGGUGUACAAGAUCAUCAAGACACUGGGCAAGGGCAACUUCGCCAAGGUUAAGCUGGCGAUCCAUGUGCCCACUGGUCGGGAAGUGGCCAUCAAGGUUAUUGACAAGACGGUCCUGAAUGCCAGUGCCCGUGAGAAGCUGUACCGCGAGGUGAAAUCCAUGAAGCUGCUGAACCACCCGAAUAUCGUACGCCUCUUCCAGGUGAUCGAAUCGGAAAGAUCGCUCUACCUGGUCAUGGAGUACGCCAGUGGGGGCGAGCUCUUCGAUCAUCUGGUAAAGAACGGAAGGAUGAAGGAGCCGGAUGCCCGGGUGCUCUUUCGCCAGUUGGUGUCCGCCAUCCAGUACUGCCAUAGCAAGUCCGUGGUGCAUCGCGAUCUUAAGGGGGAGAAUUUAUUAUUGGACCAGCACAUGAACAUUAAGAUCGCUGACUUUGGCUUCAGCAACACCUUCGACUCCAAUACGCCGCUGGAGUCCUUCUGCGGGAGUCCACCCUAUGCCGCCCCUGAACUCUUUAUGGGUAAGAAAUACUCUGGACCGGAGGCUGACACCUGGUCACUGGGAGUGGUGCUCUAUUCUUUGGUUAGUGGUGCCCUACCCUUUGAUGGGGGAAGCCUAAGUGAGUUGCGGGAGAGAGUGAUCCGAGGCAAAUACCAUGUGCCCUACUACAUCUCCAUAGAUUGCGAGCGUCUGAUAAGGAAGUUCAUGGUUCUGAAUCCCGCCAAGCGUACUACCCUAUUGGCAGCCAUGUCGGACAAGUGGAUUAAUCAGGGUCACGAGGGCGACAGAUUGAGGCCCUUUCAGGAGAAACCCAUGGAUCUGGAGGACUUCUAUCGAUUGGAGGUGCUGAUGGGCAUGGGUCACAAGCCUAAUGAGUUGGAGAAGUCACUGAAGGGGCAGCAGUUCGAUGACAUCUAUUGCACCUAUAUGCUAUUGGAUGAUGCUAAACCGCGUUCACCGGAACGCAACGUGAAAUCGGUGACUUCUUUGGGGGACGUACCUAUGACUUACCCAGCAAGCAGUCGGAUUCCUAUUCCCACUACGACCCCCAAUGUCACCAUUGCCCAAGUAACCCUCGCGUUGGAAAAUACUCAUCUCGGCCAAUCUGCCACCGCUUCCAGUCGUCCAAUGGCUCCUCGUUUGGCCAAUGCUCUGAAUAGGCCCACUUUGACGCCGCCUUCGGUUCCUCCUAAAUUUAUUCGCCGCACAGCCCGCAGGGCCCCCAAUCCCUUGGGUGACAUUCCCAGGCGACCCGAGUUCACGAGCUACUUACAAACUCCAUUGCCCAAGAAACCAGCAAGUGCCUUUGUGGAUGUCAAGCCAACUCUACUCAGUGCCCAGCGAAAGUUGGUCCAAGCCCAAAAGAUGGCCAGCACCUCAGCCAGCUUUCAGCAUCCCGGUGCCCAGGGACUCACUAGGCCAACUACAUCUCCUGUCGGGACGUCAGAGCCGGCAGCCCCGCCUCUCAAAGUACUCAAGACACCCACCAAUCUCAAGACCCCAACCUCCAUCGCCCCCGAUAUCAUCAAACGCACCUCGCGAGUGGGCUUCUUCUCGAAGUUGUCUGCCCGCUUCGGUCGAAGGACGAUCCACGAGGACGAGAAGGACAUCGCCGAGCAGCGCAAGCAUCUUUAUAACCGCAAGUGAUACAGCAGACCCUGCCCAAAACGGACGAUCGACCUUGUGUCUAGUUGGUAUUUUUAAUGAAAACGACUAAAAUUUAGUAUUACAAAUAAAUGUUGAUUUAA